UCGUCCACCCAGUCGCUGAAGAUCAGAUCAUCCACCAGCACCAGAUCGCUCUGUUCUUCUUCCUUCUGCAACCAGAUCGUCUUCUUUGGCGCUGCGUUCUUCAGUGUGAGUGAAGAAACUUCAUAAAUUCCUUUUCUGACUGUUCAGAAAGCAUAUCUAAUUUCAAAAUUAAUGAGAAGAUGCUAUGGGAACCUCUAGCAGUCCAAGGCUUUCUGGAAUGCAGAAGCAAGUAUUAAGUCUAUAUAGAGGGUUUUUGUGAGCAGAUCAUUCCAAAUCUGCUGAAGAUCGACAUAAGAUUGAAUCAAUUGGGUCAGCUGAGUUCUGUUGUAAUUCCAAGCAAGUAGAUCGGAAAAAUUUCCUCUACAUUGUGUACUUAUUUUUCCGAGGUAAGAAACAGUUGGAUCAGCUUAAGAGUCCUGAUUUAAUAGGGUUGUCGUCCUUAAAUGCCAGUGUCUUUGAAACCAUAAAUCCUAAGCCUUGA